AUGACUUUAAGCAUACCUACAUCUGUGGCCCAAAUUGGGCAAGGCGCCUUUGUUGGCUGCAGCUCUCUGACAACUUUGACCAUCCCAGAGUCUGUGACAUGCAUAAAGGAUGGCGCCUUUGACGGCUGCAGCUCUUUGAGGAUUUUGACAUUCCUUCCGGGUCUGAUGUCUAUUGGAAACUAUGCCUUUGCUGGCUGCAGCUCUUUGACAAGGUUGGACAUCCCGCACUCAGUGACAGAAAUCGGAGAGGGUGCUUUUGAUGGCUGCAGCUCUUUGACAAGUUUGACCAUCCCUGAAACAGUAGGGAAAAUCAAACCGUGUGCCUUUGAUGGUUGUAUGUCUUUGACAAAUCUGCAGCUUCCAAGAUCUUUAGGAGCUGCAGGCGCCGUGCAAAAUGAUGGAUGCGAUGUGAUUUUUCUAGCCAAGAGACGUCGCACAUGA